GUGCACGCACGAGAGGAGGGUGAGCUGAUUUGAAUUAAUUUGUCUCCAGGCAGACACUUAUUUGUAGCUUUGUCUUUCUGAGAAAUUAAACAUUUUCAGACCAAAAAGCAAAAUUGUGGCUUCCUUUACGGGAUUUCAUCGAUCAUUUAUUUCAAAACGCCCUAGUUCCCUCGCAGAAUAGAGCAUGGUGCGGGUGAUUUUCUUGCAUCCCGAUUUAGGAAUUGGAGGAGCGGAGCGCCUGGUCGUUGAUGCAGCUCUAGCCCUGCAGACCCGGCGACAUUCGGUGAAGAUUUACACUGCCCACCAUGACCCUUCCCAUUGUUUUAAGGAGACAGGAGAUGGUACACUUGAGGUAGUGACAGCAGGUGACUGGCUUCCUAGAAGUCUUUUUGGAUCUUGUUAUGCGCUUUGUGCUUAUAUCAGGAUGAUAUAUGUCGCUCUCUAUCUGCUCCUAUUCAGCCGUGAGCCGUAUGAUGUCAUCAUCUGUGAUCAGAUUUCUGCCUGUAUUCCGUUCCUGAAGUUGGGUAGAUCCAAAGUGCUGUUCUAUUGUCACUUUCCGGAUCUAUUGCUGACGAAAAGACAGAGUUUCCUCAAGAAACUCUACCGCACCCCUAUAGACUGGUUAGAGGAGAAAACUACCGGCAUGGCCGAUUGCAUUGUUGUCAACAGUAACUUCACUGCGGAUACAUUCAAGCAGACUUUUACAACCCUAAAGGACAUCCAGCCCGACGUCCUGUACCCAUCCCUCAACUUCAGCGCCUUCAAUGCCAGCGUGGAGCCUCCAGGCGACCUUAUACCAUCAGGGGUCAAGACUCUCUUCUUGUCUAUCAAUCGCUAUGAAAGGAAGAAGAACCUUGUUCUGGCAAUAGAGGCUAUGGGUGAAUUGAAAUCCAAACUCUCGGAGGACGAAUGGGAGAAUGUACACCUUGUGAUGGCAGGAGGCUACGAUGACCGCGUUACCGAAAACCGGGAGCACUACGAAGAGCUUGUACAACGUGCCGAGGAACACAAGCUGGCCGAUCACGUGACCUUCAUCCGUUCCUUCACCGAUGCGCAGAAACUCACACUCCUUGAUAGCUGCACGUGUCUUCUCUAUACCCCAUCAAAUGAACAUUUUGGUAUCGUCCCUAUAGAGGCCAUGUACAUGUACCGACCAGUCAUUGCGGUGAAUAGUGGGGGACCACUGGAAACCAUCGCUCAUAAACAGACAGGGUUCCUCUGUGAGCCAUCGGCAGCCAGCUUUGCCCCAGCAAUGGAGCGUUUUGUGCGGGAGCCAGAUCUAAAGAACAGACUAGGAAAAGCAGGGAGGGAUAGAGUUAUUAAUAAUUUCUCUUUUAGAGCAUUUGGGAAUAAGUUAGAGAAGUUGGUUAAAAGGGUUCACAGAUUGUAGAUAGAUAUGAUAGUAUAGGACAAUUAACUUAUAAAUUCAAAAUGCUUAAUUUAAUCUUCUAUUCACAUUGAAUGCUAUUUGCGAUUGCUUUGAUUAUUAAAUUUCACUACAAAGAGAAAUUUGUUCGAAGGUGAAAAUAGAUGCAAAAUUUUGUGAAGUUCAUAAUAUAUACAUUCCAAAAAUAAAAGCCUUAAUGCACAAGAGUUACUGUAGCAUGACAAAAAUUAUGAAAUAAUUAGUUUAGUAAAAAUGUGAUGUCGUAGUACAUAGAGUGGUGUAUUGUGGUAAGAAUAGUACUUUUUCUGGGGUCUUCCCCCAUUAUUUUAAUAGUUUUUUUUUAAUGAAAUUACACAAUAUGCCAGUAUCACUCUUCCAGUCCUGGGAGAUAUAUGUUUUUCAUGUAAAUCUAUAUUAAUUAACAAAUCAUUAUUUUUAUCGUGUUCAGCUGGUGCUCAAAAUAUGGUAGUAAUUUAUUUUAGAUAUAAUGUACUUUGACAACUUUAAGCCAUUAUGACUGAUAUUCUGUUAAUCUUGAAAAUGGCAAAGAAAAGGAAGAAGCGUGAAUGACUUGCAUGUGGAAGCGAUAACUUGAUUUCUCCUUGUCUGUUUCCCCUAAUAAAGUGAGAUAUACAAUUCACAUAGAAAUUUACCAUUUCAAGUGAUUUUGAAAUCUUUGUUAAAAUUUGACAUGUUUGGUACAUGUAUUGCCAUUCUUGAUUUCAAGGUCUUCAAUGAAACUUUACUUACUCAAAACAGAUAUUGCUUCACAUUCACUGUAUUCUAUAGCAAGAUUCAAUAAAUUUAAAUCAGAAAAGGAAAUGUAAAGGGAUAGUUUGACACAAGAACAGAAUCAUAUCUGAAUUUACCCUUGAUUUAUUCUAUGCUUUUGAAUUUGUGAUUUGUUUUUUCUUCCAGUCUCCACCCAUCUUUUAAUUCAGUGAAGUCAUUAACAAUAGAUUAUCUUAAAUAUUUUAAACCUCUUCCAUGCCUUUGAUGUGCUAUUAAAUGUAUUUUUGGUCAGCUUUGGGAAAGCUUGAUUUUUAAAGUAUGGCAAAAGUGACAACCUUUUUUGUUUUGCCUAGAAAGAAUUCUCGACAGGAAUUAGGAGAGCGUAAUCAGACAAUAUGAGGUUGCCACAAUAUCAUAUUCCUAAAAUACAACUUUUUUUAGUUGCCCUCAAAAUCUAUAUAUUUUGAGAUAUGAGGUUUGAACAGCCCAGCAACAAUACAUCGUAAAGCAAAGCUGGCAGUGGAAAUGAUUUGUAUAUGUUGCUUAUUUAUGAUGGAAUUAUUUUUGUAAUUUAGAUUAUGUAUACUAAACGUGAUAUCAUAUAUAUACUUAUUUUUUAGAUGGUGAGGAUACAUGGGUUUUGAAACAAAGUAUUUGAAGCUUUUUUUUACUUUUGGACUUUGAGAUAUUUUAAUAUUUUAAGUUAAUUUAACAGUAUUUUUGUUCAACGGAGAAUAAACAACUACUGAUCAAGGCCCUACGCAAGUGAGCACCAAAAAAAUGUGGUCACAAUUUGUGUGUUUCAUAUUAUAUCUAAUGAUUAUAAUUAUAAUGAUAACGGUAUUUACCCAGGGUAGCCACUUCAGUCCCGAACACAUGUCUCACAGGAGGCCUUGGCUAUUAUUAAUACAUAUCAUUACCAAGAUACUUGUGGGUCAACCACAUUACCAAUAGGCUUUUAAUCACUUUGAAAGAGAAACAAUUGACUAAUGCAUGGUGCUGAGUACACUGUUGUUGUCAACCAAUCUCUCUGGAUUAAUGCAAAUCAGUGAUGACAAAAUAUAGGUCACAUUGUGUGCAUGUAUUAGGAUACACACACAUUGCCACAGUUAUGUAGAGAGAAGCUAAGCAAGUAAAUCAUUCAGCAGUUGAAAAAUACAUACAAUUAAAUCUGCCUAAGUCAACCUUAUACAGGUAUAUAUUACAUAAUAGGCUAAGAUUGAAAAAGAAAUCUUUUUUUCAGACUUGGGUGGUGUUUCACAAGUUGUUUGUGAAGUUAAGCACAGCUGCAACAUCUUCUUAGGUGCAAAGUCAGCUACAUAGGGAUGUAUCACUCGGCACAAGAAAGGGUCUCCAGUCAGGCGUAAAGUCAUUCAUGAAUUAUGAACAGCUUUAUGAAAUGGCCCCCAGAACAUGCAAAGCAUGCAUCAUUUAUUUGUUCUUAGUUUAAUUUAGCCCAAAUCAAACCGAUUUCUGUGGCCCGAAUUAGAUUAAACUUUAUAUAUUAAUUCUUUCUCCCACUUGGUGGGUGUUUCAUAAAGCUGUUCAUAAGUUGCAAAUGACUGGCGAACCUUUCUUAGACACUAAAUCAAUGCAAAUAGAAAUCUGGUGUGUAUCACUCGCCACAAGAAAGGAUCACCAGUCGUUCUUACAGUCGCUCAUAACUUACACAAACAGCUUUAUGAAACACCCACCAGGUUUGUCAGUUGCAAUACAUCACUAACUUUUAUCCUUUGUUAAACUUUGACGACUUGUUUUAACCUUUAUUCUGUUUGGUCCUGUGUCUUUAAUUACUUACCAAUAACAAAUGCUAUUCUGUCACAAAUUUUCCAAUAGCCAAUUGAAUUACACUAUUUCAGUAGCCUUUAAGUCACUUGUAAUCAAACAUUAAUAACAUGCUUUACGAAACUGGGCUCAAAACUUUUUCAUUCUUGUUGGAGUUGUCGGGGUUGUUUACUUGUUUGCUUAUAAUGUAUUUGUGAAAGAAUGCAAAAAAGGCACAAACUGCUUAAAACCAUAUUUAUUUCAUGCAAUGUUAUGGGAAGAUCUAGGUCAAGAUGCAAGCUCGCUUAUCAUUAUCGUGUAGAGUCAAUGGUGAUCUUUAUGUGCAAUGUAAUGCUAAUGAAAUUGUCCCUGAUGCAUUAUCAAAGUAAAUUAAAUUGAAAGUACACAUACUGUAUGUAUGUACUAUUGUUCAAACACAGAAAAUCCAUUGUUAUUGUUCUUCACUCAUUAAAUGGUCAAUGUGUAUUUUAGUGGAAGAUGGCGAUUAUCGUUAGUCUUAAUCUCCAUCAUCAUCACUUUAUCACAACCAUCAUCAUGUACAUU